AUGAAACAAAACACGAACUUUGAGGGAUUUUUUAUUAUUUUUUUUACCAUAACUUGGAGGCUUGAGCACUCCCCAACAGUUGAAUUGCAGCAAGUGGAGAGUUCCAUAACCUUAAGAACCCUAGAAACAUGGACACUUCAGAUACCCCAGUUACCAAAACCGCUACAUCGCCGCCGCAGCAGCAAGAGCCUGACCCUAAAAGGCUCAAAAUGUCUACCACCACCACGUCCGAAGACGAAGAUGCCGCCGCCACGACAACCGACACCAAAAAACCGAGAUACAAACGCCGCAAAAUCGCCAUGUUCUUUGCCUAUUGCGGUGUCGGAUAUCAAGGAAUGCAAAAAAACCCAGGAGCCAAAACCAUCGAAGGUGACCUCGAAGAAGCGCUAUUCCACGCUGGCGCUGUCCCCGAGCAAGAUCGUGGCAACCCAAAACGUUACGACUGGGCGCGGUCGGCCCGAACCGAUAAGGGCGUAAGCGCCGUGGGCCAGGUCGUUUCUGGGCGGUUCUACAUCGACCCUCCUGGCCUCGUGGAGCGUCUUAAUCAGAUACUUCCGACCCAGAUUCGGAUAUUCGGGUAUAACCGUGCGACGGCCUCUUUUAGCGCGAAGAAGUUUUGUGAUCGACGGCGGUAUGUUUAUCUUAUCCCAGUUUUUGCUCUUGAUCCAAGUUGUCAUCGAGAUAGGGAAAGUGUUUUGUCUAGUUUGGGGUCCGGUAACGAGCUUGUCAAGUGCUUGGAGUGUUCGGAAAGAGGCCGCAAAGUAAUAGGUGUUAUGGGCAAGCGUAGUAGUUUUGAACCCAAGUCGACUAUAGUUCAGCAUGGCAUUUCAUCAAACAAUUUAGAUGCAGAAAACGUAAUGAAGGAAGAUAACCUGACAUCUCAACUUAAGGAGGAGGUUACUGAAAUGGAUGAUUCUGGGGUUGUGGAAGUUAAAGUUAAUGUAGCGAAGUCUACAAUAGUUCAGCCUGACAUUUCAUCGAACAUUGGAGAUGCUGAAGGUGCAAUUAAGGAAGAUAACCUAACAUCUGAACUUAAGGAGGAGGUUACCGAAAUGGAUGAUUCUGGGGUUGUAGCAGAUAAAGUUAAUGUAGCCAAGUGGACGAUAGUUCAGUGUGGCAUUUCAUCAAACAUUGGAGAUGCUGAAAAUGCAAUCAAGGAAGAUAACCUGACGUCUGAACUUAAGGAGGAGGUCACCGAAAGGGUUGAUUCCUUGGUUGUGGAAGAUAAAGUUAAUGUAGAAAAGAAAGAGGAAAGAAGAUUUUUUUACGGUGAGGAAGAAAAGAAGAGGUUCAAUAAAAUAUUGAAUUACUAUGUCGGGUCUCACAACUUCCAUAACUUCACUACAAGAACAAAAGCUGAUGAUCCUGCUGCACGGCGCUAUAUUGUUUCAUUUCAUGCAAACACAGUUGUCACUGUGGAGGGCAUUGAUUUUGUUAAGUGUGAGGUUGUGGGGCAGAGCUUCAUGCUUCAUCAGAUUCGAAAGAUGAUUGGUAUGGCGGUUGCGGUCAUGAGGGGUUGUGCUCCUGAGUCUCUUAUCGAAACUGCAUUGCGAAAGGAUGUACACAUCAACAUACCUACGGCGCCUGAGGUUGGUUUGUAUUUGGAUGAAUGCCUCUUUUCAUCAUAUAACCAAAAAUGGAAAGAUAGUCACGAAGAGUUGUCUAUGAAAGCUUACGAAGAAGAGGCGGAGGAAUUCAAGAUGAAGUUUAUAUAUUCUCACAUCGCCUCCACAGAACGUGAGGAAGGAGUUGUGGGCCUGUGGUUGCAUUCUCUAAACCACAGAAACUAUCCCGAUUUACGAGCCGGCAGUGGAGACUCAGUUGAAGGGAAGAAGAGUCCUAAGGUUGAUGAUAAAGCAGACACUGUUGAAGAGGAAAGUAAUGUAGUGGAGAAAAACAGUGAUACUGCUGAGAUGCGAAGUGCCGAAGAGUAGAAUAUUAUGAUACGCAUACUCAUUGAACAAAUUAACUAUUUUACAUAAUUUUUAUUAAGUUAUAGUUGGAUGGUCUUCCUGAUUCAUUUGGAACUGUUUAUGUUUUGUUUGUUUACCUUCCGGGUCGAAAUUUGGAGCUGUUCUGGUGCUAAUUACAAGGCUGCUCGUGUUUGGAAGGACUGGCUAUUCUGGAUAUGUCGCCUACCAAAGAGCAGACUUGGUUCCUAGGAUAUGCAUUCGGAUUGUCGACUGCCCUUUCUAUAAUCUGGCUGCGGAGACGGAUCUGUAUUUUCUUCGCUUGUGAUCAUUCAAAGCAGCUUUUCAACUAAGUUCUUCAGGCUUAUGGCAUUCAAUGGACAAGUAACUGUUUCUAUCAGUCUUCAGCUUGCUUAGAGUUAUUAUAGUUAGCACUUAUGGAGUAUGAGAAAUAUCCAGCUUUAUGGAGAGAAGGGUGAUUCAAUUUCGGCUUUUCAUCGA